ACAACAAUACACUAUUUCACCAUUAGAAACGAUAACACACAAUAGACAGACGGCACUCAAACUAUUGCUGCUGCUUCGGUUGUCCAGUCUUAUAACAAAAAGCUCAUAGUCAUCACAACUCGACACGAAUCGAAAGGGGUAUUCAAGCUUAUGCGAGUCUGACGAAAUUCGCGCAAAUGGUGCAAACGUUCUAGCAAUUCUCUACGAAAUAUCACUCACUCUCUUGGCAAGCAACCAAAAAAAAAAAACCAAAAAAAUAAUAAAUCGAAGAAAAACAUUAACUAAAUGAGCGGCACAUUGACAUUGCCAAACGCUGAUGGCGUUGUAAACGCUGCUGCUACUGUCGAGCCACAGAGCAUGGACAUUGUUGAGCUUCCGAAAAAUAACGGUUUCUGGCAAUGCCUUUUUAACUGGACAUCCUCAUCACCAACAAUGCUGCGCGCCGUCGAAAAAAAGAUACUUUCGUAUCUGAAGCUGCCGUAUCGCGGCUACUUCGUGGACAUCGGCCCGGCCGUGGGCGAUACCGAUAAAAUCUGGACGGUGAGCAUGAACACAGACUCUAAGGAGGUGCCGCUGGUGUUGCUGCACGGCCUUGGCGCCGGCGUGGCACUGUGGGUGAUGAAUCUGGAUAGCUUUGCCAAAGAUCGUCCCGUCCAUGCCAUGGAUGUGCUCGGCUUUGGUCGCAGCUCGCGACCUGCCUUUGGCAAGGAUGCACUGGUGUGCGAGAAACAGUUUGUCAAAUCUGUGGAAGAAUGGCGACGCGAGAUGAACAUCAACGAUAUGAUACUGUUGGGCCAUUCCAUGGGCGGUUUCAUUGCCUCCAGCUAUGCGCUCAGCUAUCCAGAACGUGUGCGCCAUCUGAUACUCGCCGAUCCCUGGGGCUUCCCCGAGAAGCCACCCGACUCACAGACCACCAAACAGAUUCCCCUGUGGCUGCGUGCCAUUGCACGUGUUCUAACCCCGCUGAAUCCGCUGUGGGCACUGCGUGCAGCUGGUCCAUUUGGUCAGUGGGUGGUGCAAAAGACACGGCCGGACAUAAUGCGUAAAUUCCAGAGCACCAUUGAGGAGGAUAUCAAUCUGCUGCCACAGUAUAUUCAUCAGUGCAAUGCCCAGCAGCCGUCGGGUGAAUCCGCGUUCCACAGCAUGAUGCAAUCGUUUGGCUGGGCCAAGCAUCCGAUGAUCCAUCGCAUCAAGGAUGUGCGCAGCGAUAUACCCAUCACAUUCAUCUAUGGAUCACGCAGCUGGAUUGAUUCGUCGUCGGGCGAGAAGAUCAAAUCGCAGCGUGACACAAAUAUGGUCGAUAUCAAAAUUGUAACCGGUGCCGGUCAUCAUGUGUAUGCCGAUAAGCCGGACGUAUUUAAUCGCUACGUGAACGAGACCUGUGAUAUCUACAAACUCAGUGGCGGCCAUCUGCCAUCGCCCAAGCCAGCGAGAUCAUCAUCACCAUCGGUGCACAUUAUAAGGGAAGCCACCGAAUCGGAUGAUGAGCACGAGUUGCCCAAUUUGAAUACAGCGGAAUCGGUGGAGAUUAAAGCCGAAGCACCCGAAAGUGCGACGACCACGACAACAGUGCAUCGCAGCGAAGAGGAGACGCCAGUGACUCCAACGGUUCAGCUGGCGGAUGGCAAACGAAAAUGAUUUGCAAAGUCCCCAAUUUUAAACGGCCCUCUAAAUUAUCUAUAUAUUUAUAGCACCAUAUUUAGAGCACACUGCUAACUAAUAUUGUUUUUGCCUAGUAUUAAAUGUUGUCUUUAUCUAUAAUUA